UGCGGUAGACUUUUCUAUUUGGUGAUACUUACUUUUGAAGCAAUUUAAAAAGGAGGCAAGAUGACGGUAUUCUGGAGUAUUUUACUCCUUCUCUCUCUUUUCCCUUGCUCUUUCGCUUUUCUGACGGAGUCGCCGCUUGUUCACAAGACUGGGUACACUUGGCGACCAGGUUCAUGUUCCGCCAACAAGAUCAAGGGGCCGACCAAGGGAACCACAACCGACGCCUGCCUGGCCACAUGCACCGGCACCUGCAAGGCAGUCAGUUGGAACUCGAAAACUUUGAACUGCAUCACGCAUUCCAAGUCUUGUGCGAAGUUGGACAACGUACAGAACAAGCACGACAAUUUCUAUGAUAAGUUUGCACACGCGAAACAGGUGGCAUGGGCAACCGGUAUGUCAUCAUCAAAUCUUGCCUAUCGAAAGCCCAGCGCUCAGAUGCGAACCAAUGGUGUCCAAUGGGCCGAACUGGCUACGGACGGGAACAGGGACAACAAGGACGGGAAGUCAUGCGCCAUUGCCGACAAAGACACUACCAUGGGCUACACUUGGUGGUAUGUUGAUCUUGGCGCUGCGUAUGAGGUCAAAGUGGUUACCAUCGCCAAUAAACAGGACGUCAAAUCAACGAAAGCUAGAGACUUUAAAAUCUUCGUCACGAAUCACUUCGAUGCCUACGACGUUUACAAGUAUCGUAAUAACUUCACCUUGUGUGCCGAGCAGGGCAACGCCCCGAUGACACCCGGGGAGGUCAGGCCCUACCACUGCCAGUACCCCAAGCUCGGCCGAUACGUCGUGAUCAUCAAGCAUCCAGUCUGGGAGGCCAUGGAGCUGUGUGAGGUUGAGGUCUAUGACACAAAUGUCUUUGAGAAUCUUGCACUGCAAAAGGUGGCCUACCAGUAUCCAUCCCCCAGUACUAAUCCAGCAACUAAGGGCCUUGAUGGCAUUCUCAACCCCGAGAUUGCCAAUGGCGGUUGCACCGAGACCGCGGCGACAAGCAGUCCGAUGUGGUGGCAGGUUGAUCUGGGCGCUCUGUAUAAUGUCCGAGUCAUCUACUUGUUCAACCGUGGAGAGAAGAAGGGCCCAAACACGGCUGAUUUUCACAUAGCAGUUGAUUCAAAGGUGUGUCAAUAUUUUAGUGGAAAACUCACUGAUGGCGCCGUGAUGCGUUACACUUGUUUCCUACGCACUGUUGGCAGAUAUGUUAGGCUGGAGAAACGAAGUGCUCAGGCGCUGAGUUUCUGCGAGUUGGAGGUUUAUGGUCAUGAACCGGGCGAAAACGUUGCUUAUUUGAAGCCACUCAUCAUUUUGGACAAGAAAACCGCCAACAGCGCGUCGACCAAUGGUAUUGUGAACCCUGGCCGGGGCGCAUUCUCUGCUGCGGCUGUCUCUGGCAAAGAAGCCGAAUUUCUAAUUAUCGACAUGCUGGCCAUUUACAAGCUGCGGUACUUCGUUUUGGCGACUUCAGGAAAUACCGCGAACGCCCUUAAACAGUUUUCAAUCUACGCAUUCAAGGAACUGAGAGAUGCUACUUGGAAAGGUGGAACCGGCAACACCGACGGCGGAGAGCUGUGUGCAAAAUAUGAUGGGACGGUGCCACCCAAAAGCAUACUCCCGAUUUAUUGCACCGGUGGGAGGCAGGUCGUUGGAAGAUAUGUCUACUUGUGGAAGAAAAGCAAAGGGACUGGGAAGCUUAUGUUAUGCGAGAUGGAGGCGUACGGAGAACUCCACGAUGGUGACCUAGCACACAACAGAGCAACCAACCAGAGCACCUUGUAUUCCGUGUUCGAUUCCGACCUUGCCGUUGACGGGAAUGAAGACACAAUGUUCAGCCGAGGCUCGUGUUCGCAAACUCUUACCCCCAAGGCGGGCCAAGCUUGGUGGUCUGUUGACCUUGGGGCCAAGUUCGACAUCCAUAAACUUACUAUAGUCAACCCGGAUAAAUGUAAAGAGACAUGUCUACGUCAAUAUCAAGUUCUUGUGGCCAACUCGAGCGAUACGCCUACCGUUUUGGACACCUCAGACUAUGUUGUAUGCUACGAUGAUAGCGCCAAACUGAGGGAUGGGGAGGCGAAGACAGUCUUCUGUAAACCAGGCAGCGUAGGGCAGCACGUGAUCAUUGCUACGACGGGGAAAUAUCCAUUGACGUUAUGCGAGGUGAAGGUUUAUGAGCGAGGGAGAUUGGACAACGUUGCUUUGAAGCGACCAGCCGCUCAAAAGGGAAACAAGCUCAACAGACACGGCCACGCCCAAGCUGCUGUUGACGGGCUGUCUUACACCAACUUUAACACAGGGACCUGCUCCAUGUCCUGUGGGUCUAGCAAGGACGAAUGGUGGUCGGUCGACCUGGGCUCACGACACAGGGUGUAUCUCAUUAAACUGGUAUCGGCAAAUGAUAAGGAAGGUUAUUUGCAGAACUUUGAGGUCAAUGUAGCAGAGACGUUUGAUCCUCGUCAACUCUCAAAAACACUCUUUAGUCCCUGUUCAAAACACCAGGAUGCCCUAAGUUAUGGAAUGAAGAAACACGUGAGAUGCCAUGGCAUGGCAACCGGGCGCCAUGUUGUUGUUUUGAAGCGGAAACCAAGUUACGUUCCCAUCGUGCUUUGCGAAGUUGAAGUGUUCGGGCUACAGAUAUGGGAUAAUGCAGAGAAUAUUGCGCUCCGCAAGACAGCCAAGCAAGCGAGUGACCAGGCCGGGGCUACCGCUGACAAGGCCGUAGAUGGCAACACUUCCCCGUCCUACUUUCGCGGCUCCUGCGCAAUCACUGGUGGUAAAGCUGCCAAGGAAUGGUGGGUGGUAGACCUCACUGAGAUGUACGACGUGGACAAGAUUGGCAUCGUCACGAAAGCAUAUGGUGGUCCUACUCUGCACUACAAAGAGCAAAUGACGAAGACAGCUAACCACAAGUAUCCAGAUGCUGCCACCGGAGUAAAGGUUAUAAAUGUCGCACAGCCAACUUGGGUCGGAACGGUAAACCAAGACAAUGAAUACGAGUGUCAACAGUGGUGUCGAGAGCUCGAUUUCUGCAACGCAGUGACCUGGGACACGAAGAAGAAGGAAUGUGGUGUUCACGAGUUAGUUUCCAAAACCACAACGGCGUCUACCGGAUUUAACUUUUACAAGAAAUCAUUGGUGACGGUGCCGUCACUCGACAAAGCUGCCUACCUUAACGAAGCAAUGAUUGGAGUCUUGCGCUCGUUCAGCACAGCCGCAGCGUACAAGGACCACGGUUGGUUCCCGUGCUACCAGAAAAAGACUUUCACCGCGCCAGGAGACAUCCUUGGGGCACAUUGUCCGAAGGGGGCAUUCGGCCAGUUCAUCAUUGUGGAGAAAAACGGGGCGAACUCGGCGGACGGGCCUCUAGCUCUGUGUGAGGUGGAGGUAUUCGGACGAAAGACGAAUAACAAGACCCCGAUUUCAAGUAAUCAUACGGCUCAACAGGUCAGCACAAAGUCUGGUAACGUUGCCAGUAGGGCCGUGGACGGAAAGUUUACAGCAACCAUGGGCAGCGGGUCGUGUUCCCAGACUGCCGGGACGGAAAAUAACGAAUGGUGGACGAUUGACCUCGCCAGAGGCCAUAAUGUCACUAACGUGCAGAUUGUGGCGAGGGGAGACUGCUGUGCUUCUGACUUGACCGAGUUUACAAUCCUGACUUCGGCAACCUUUAGCGAUGCCGAAAUAUCCACAGUCUACUCCCGAGCGGUCAAUGUGUCAGUGAGCCCGCUGAUCCCACCAGGGUCAGCCACGGGAUUCAAAUAUUCGAUCUGCCAAGCAAGCGUACAGGUCGCCCUGAAAGAUGGGCAGUCUUUCAUGGUGGACUGUGAGCCUGGCGCCGUUGGCCGUCACUUGACAAUUGUCAAGCACAAGUCGAAGGCCAAGCCCCUGGAGCUGUGCGAAGUCGAGAUUUAUGGUGUUGCCGUGCCUUGAUUUAAAACUAUAUCGGCCUUUCAGAAAUAAUUGACCAUGUCCAUUUGGGCCAGUGUUAACACUACUAGACCGAUUCCUUUCAAAGGUACAGGGCGGAAAUUGCUUAAAAAAUCUCUCUGGGUCUCAAAACGAGUAGUUUUGGUACAGCUGUCCAAAUGGACGUGGACAUUUAAGUAGGACACUGCUGAUGUUGGUGUUGAUUUUAAAGUUGGGCUAUCAAACUUUGAUAUUCAUGAUACGAAAAAUAUUGCACAAUCUUUUAACCAUUGUGUAUAUUUUUAAGCUAAUUCCAAAAGCCAUAAAACUUUUAAAAUGUGUUUUCCGAUCAACUCAUAGUUGUAAUUGGUUGACAUCAAAUAAAGCAAAACAUGACGUCAACACACUUCCCUUGAUAGUGUACACAUCACUUGUAUACUGUGCCGCGUGAUGCACUGUUUGUUAUAGUUUGUGCUACACGCAGGAGUUCUAGCUACAUGUAUGUACUCUGUGCAAAAAUAGUCUUGCUCUUUUGAACAUUUCUUGACGUUUUGACGUCUUCUUUCUUUCAAAGACUGGUUCUGCGAGUGACGAAGGAGGGCCGGGUGGACCAGAUUAAGAUGCCCUCUGUGAUCACUAGGUGUCUCUUUUACCUAUCGCCAAUCUAUGCUAAUUACACCCCAGUACCGAUAUCCCCAGAGAGUCCAUGAACGUCACCUCCUAGCGGUCAGAAUUGAAACCAACAACACUCCAGCUUGUACC